AUGAGAUAUUGUGGUAGUUGGAUAAUAUCUUGGUGUCAACAAAACGUUCAGGCCGGUUCCGAUUCUACUGCAAUUACAUUGACUUCAGUGAUAUAUCACCUCUUGAAGAAUCCAGACUCCAUGAAAGCUUUGCUUGCUGAAUUGGAUAAUGCCAAUCUUCCGUCUCCAGUUCCUUGGGAUAUUGCACAUAAGCUUCCCUACCUUGAUUCUUGCAUCAAGGAAGCAUUGAGGAUGACUCCAGCGAUAGGAAUCCCAUUGGAGCGUGUUGCUCCGGAGGAAGGUAUAGAGCUAUGUGGCAAGCACUUCGAAUGUGGAACAGUGCUUGGAGUGAACGCUUGGGUUGCACAUCGGAACGAGGAGUUAGUUCUUCACCGAUUCAAACAUCACCUUGAGGAGAAUACUGAUAUUGAUUUUAUUAGUUUGGAGGGGGGUCAAGAGUCUGCCUUGGAAAAAACAUCUCGUAUCUGGAGAUGUAUAAGGUCAUCCCUGAACUGCUAG